AUGAUUGGACUUCAUCCUCUUGAUCUUUCAGGUUGGUUCCUUGAAGGGAUCGAUUUCCCGAUUCAUAUUCCGGUUUUGGAGACAGAGACAGAGACAAAGACAGCGCCAGCAAAUCCUGAAACUUGGAUGAAAGAGAGAGUUUUUCACUUUACAAAGAAGAAAAUGUUAGAUCUCAAAGCUAAAACUAACGGAGAAAAUGGCUUAAGUGACAUGAAAAUCUCAUCUUUUCAAGCGGUUACUGCGCAUCUAUGGAAAUCAAUUAUCCCACACAGUGGCCUAAACCGAGCAAGAGAGACUUCUUGCAUAGUGGCGGCAGAUUUUAGGCAGAGGCUAAACCCUCCGCCUGAGAAAGAGUGUUUUGGGAAUGUAACCAAUAUCGGUAUAGCUACAACAACCGUGGGAGAUCUGGUUGAUCAUGUGCUUGGUUGGGCUGCUCUGCAAGCAAGAAAUGUAAAAAUCUCAAAGUAUGGUGUUGGAAGUAGAACGGUGAGUCAUGAGUGGCUUUGUGGCAGCCGCAAGCUCUCCUUGGUUGGGGUAAACCGGUCGCAGCCCGGUCAGGACUGA